AUGCAAGAUAAGCAACACUCGCCAUCAAUAAUAAAUGAUGGUUCUUCAUUACUUGAUGAUGAUGCAUGUGAUUAUCAAGAGUAUCAUGAUGAUGAACAUGACGACACAAAAACAGCUAUUGAUAUUGAAUAUUGUUUUCUUGAUCGAUUUCCACCACUCUAUAAUGGCAGCAGAGCAUUUAGCAUGAAGUCGAUGAAGUUGUUAAUGGACUUUCUAAUAUCUGAUGUAUGUUUAAAUAAACAAAAUAUUUUAUGUUUAUUAAAAUUGAUUAAAUUUCUAUUAUCAGAGCUCGAUACAUUACCUACAACUUUGAAAUCUAUCAUAAAAUUAUUUGAACGUACAAAUUUGUCAUCUACAACAUUCUUAUAUUUAUUGUGUCAUGAAUAA